AUGUCCAUGCCGGCCAAGCCAGAUGAAGCUCCACCUCAGUCAUACACAGAAGAAGGCAGUAUCCUUGACAUCGUCGACGAACUCCGUACCGUCAGUGUUAGUAAAUAUGUCCAUUUGCCGCAGAUGAUCAUCUGUGGUUCCAAGUCCAACGCCAAACGCUCUGUUAUUGAAUCAAUUUCCGGCGUGAGCUUUCCAUCAAGGAAUGACUUUUACACUGGCUUCGUUACUGAGAUCAUACUACGCUAUGACCCAACACCUCACUUCAAAGUGAGCAUCCGGCCUGGCCCAACGAGAAUAAGCGAAGGCGACCUCUGGCACCUAGAAUCAUUUGAUCCCCCUGUUCACGACAACACUGAGCAGUCAGUCGCGCUGAUUGAGCAAGCAACGCAACUCGUCAAAUUCUCCCUCGAGGAUGGAUUCAGUGACGAUGUCAUGAGAGUUGAGGUCUCUGGUCCCGAUAAACCUGACCUGACUCUCAUCGACAUGCCCAGGCUCUUCUUCGCAGAUGGCAUAGACAAUGGAGGUCGAGAGAAGACUCCUGGUCGUCGGACGAUUGAAAACUACGUGCUGAAUCAACGGUGCAUCAUCCUCCCCGUGGUCUCCGCCAAAAUCGACAUCUGCCCUCAAAAGUUAAUCGACUUCGCUGACAAGUAUUAUCCUAACCGAGGAAGGAUCUUGGGAAUCAUCACCCAUCUUGACACACUCCAGGAGCCAGAGGAGGAAGCGUUAUGGUUGAAUGCCAUCAAAGAUCGGCAUCCUAAGUGCCACUGGGGUUGCACUUGGUGUGUACCAAGUCUUCCGAGACACGCCACUUGCUAG